UGAACGCACGUCUUCUUCCCAAGAGCACCUUGGUGCUCUUUUUGCGGACCGGACGAGCGAGCCUCCCGGCGCUCGUCACGAGCGGCCCGCAUGUUCUUUGUGAAGUACCUGGAUCAGAAGCAAGGCGAGGCGCGGGUCGUCGAUCAGCAGCAGCUGGUGCGCCAACGCUUAGAAGCCUUUCUGCAGAAGCGGCCCAGCCCAGAGGACUUGCAAGCGCUGGGGAUCCUGGGGUGGCAGCAGCGUUUCGCGCUCGCCGCGGAGGUAGUGAACGAGCUGCUCAAGAGCCGCCUUCGAGCUCAAGAGGAGGCGCUCGAACGCCCGGGCUGCGGAGAUCGCCACUACGAUCAGCAGCUGCUGCAGCUUUUGAGCGGCCCAGCUUCACAAGCUCGCCUGGAAGAGCUCCGAGCACGCAGCGUGGAGCAGAGGAAAGAGCUGCAAGUGGCCCAGGAGCGGUGGAAGGAGGCCAGCGCAGACUGUUUGAAGAAAUCCUGCAGCCCUGUGGUGCCGCAGCUCAUCGGGCGAUUGAAUGAAGCAGGCCGACUUCUGGCAGAGCAUCAGGAGAUGAAAGCGGGACCUCUCGCGGAGAUUUCUCGGGAGAUUUGCAGCUUUCAGAAGUUGCUGGUGAAGCGUCGUGCUCUUCAAGACAUUGUGGCCAUGGCCGAGCGCACGGACGCUGCGCGGGAGGCAGUCUUCUCGUUCGGUCGGUGCCCCGAGGUGGAUGUGAAAGGAUUGCUGGAGCUUUGCACUCGUCUGCCAGCGCGGAGCAGGGCUGUAGGCCUCAAGCGCCUGCGCUUCUUGGUGGAUCCUUUGCGCCGUUUGGUUACACAGGAGCUCUUGGACGUUUUGAAGGCUUGCUGGCCCAAAGACGAGGCCCAAAACGCGCAGGUGCCACACGCACAGGUGCUGAGCCUUUGCAAACAGCUCCGCGACGCACAAGUGGUGGAUCGCGAGCUUCGACGUCUCGAGGGCAAUGAAGGUCCGGUGGAGGAGCUGUGGCCCUGUGCAGCUUUGGCGGCCCCGCUCUUGGCACGCUUUCGACAUCACUUCUGCCGGCCAGACAGCGAGCUGUGCCGCAUGGACAAGCCAGAGUGGGCCUUCAGAUCUUUGGCGUAGAAAACGAGGGAAGCUGAGGGUGUCACCAUGAUUGCAAAGCCAUCUUUUGGAGUCCAGGAUACCUCACGGAUUGCGCGGCG